UAUCAUUAUUUAUGGAAACUUAUGAAGUUGAUCCAGGUGAUUCAUUAUUAAAAUCUGUUCAAGAAUUUCUUGAAAAUCAAGAAGAAGAAAAGUCUAAAAUAUUUGAUUGGCUCUUAACGACUCAAUUAAGUUUACAAUAUGAAAUUCUUUUAGGAUAUUUUUAUUUGAAUGGUAUAGGAACACCCAUAGCUAAUAGGAAAGCUUUUGUAUUAUUUUUAAAUGCGGCAAAAAAACAAUAUGCUAUCGCACAAGAUUUAUUGGGAUAUUGUUAUCUUAAUGGAAAAGGUACCGUAAAAGAUGAAAUUUUGGCUUUUGAAUGGUAUCAAAAAGCUGCAGCAAAUGGAUGCGUUACAGCUUUUCAAAGUUUAGGUGAAUGUUAUCAUAAUAGUAUUGGUACUGUAAAAAACAAGAGCAAAGCGCUUCAAUACUUUAAAUUAGCAAGUGAUGGUGGGAAUUUAUGUGGUAAAAAUAUGUUGGCAUUUUGUUACGAGAUGGGGCUUGGUAUUAGUUCUGAUCACAAAAAAGCUUUUAAUUUAUAUAAGCAAGCAGCUGAUGCUGGAUACAAGUUGGCAAAACAAAACGUGGCCAGAUGUUAUCAAAAAGGUAUAGGGGUGGAAAUAGAUUUAGAAGCCGCAACUUAUUGGAUAGAGAAAGGUAAUUAAGAAAUGAAGUUUUUUUUUAUAACAGAAAAGGACUUUUAAAUGCAGGGUUUGUUAUAUGUGGUUUGAAUUUGUUUUUGUGUCCCGAAACAUAGAAGGGCGUGACACAUGACACAUGAGUGACAUGACGAAUGAGGAUUGAGGAGAUUGAGGAGGUCAUUUGAAUUUCCAACGUCCUAAACUCAACCUAACAUCAACCUAACCCCAAACCCCAAACUAACCAAAAUAGAAGGGGUACAUUUUUAUGCAGGAUGCGCAUAAUACAAACAUUCAAUUUUUAAUUUUGUAAUUAGGAAAAAAAAAUCAUUUUAAUCAUUUUUAAUCAUGUUUUUUAAUCAUGUUUUUUUUUAUUCAUAAUUUAUUUUUAAUUUAUUUAUUAUUUG